AUUCUUUUUGAUUAGUGAUCAGCUUCUGAUAUUAAGUACUGCUUUCGAAUAAUCCUAUUACUUAACAAUUUAUAACUGUAGCCUCAACAAUGAAAUUGCUAGUGUUCCUGCUGGGUCUUCUAAUCACCUGUCACACAGCUCCGGUUGAAGAUGAACAUAGGAGAGAAGCUCGGUCUGCAAGUGAUGAAGAAGUAGAGAACCUGCGUCUCAUGCUGACUGAGAUGAAACAGACUCUGGCAAAGGCCAACCAACUUCCUCCUGCCCAACCAGCAGCACCUCCAAAGGCCCCCGGCAUUGUUGUCCACUCCAUCCCAGCAUCUGGCCCUAAACCGGAACAGAACUCUCUCCCUCAGAUCAACCUCUACCUCUCAGCUCCCGUGCAGAGUAGCGUCCCCCAGAAUGAGCCACCGAAGCAGCCACCCAACCAGGAAGUCUUUCUGGCCACACCAGUCACCAUCCAAGGUAUCCCAUUCACUCCAAACACUCUUCCUCAAAGAGGGACGCCCUUUGGCCCUUUCUUGCAGCAUGGCAUGCCUUUGCCAGGUCCACAAAAACCCAUGGCCUUCCCUAUGCCCCAACCAGGCAUGGGCUUCCCUAUGCCCCAACCAGGCAUGGCCUUCCCUAUGCCCCAACCAGGUAUGGGCUUCCCUAUGCCCCAACAAGGCAUGGCCUUCCCUAUGCCCCAACAAGGCAUGGCCUUACCUAUGCCCCAACCAGGCAUGGGCUUCCCUAUGCCCCAACCAGGCAUGGGCUUCCCUAUGCCCCAACCAGGCAUGGGCUUCCCUAUGCCCCAACCAGGCAUGGGCUUCCCUAUGCCCCAACCAGGCAUGGGCUACCCUAUGCCCCAGCAAGGUGUAGUGUUUUCUUUUGGCCAACAGGAAUUGCCUCCACCUGGAACCCAGCAAGCAGUACCCCAGUUUCCCCCAGCCUCCAACCCCCAGGGAAUCUCCUACAUAGCCCUGGUCCCGCAGGAUGGGGCGUCCUACGGCAGCCAACCUCAGGGCCAAACCAAGUCCUUGUACAUGCCUUUACCUCCUCAGAUGCCUUCCUUUAAUCCGUAUGGGGGUCUCGGAGGACGGCCUACUUUCGGCAUAUCUCCUCCCAUCAUAUUCCGUGAGAGGAGCCAGGGGUCUAACAUUCAAGUGCCUGCUGGUAUUGAACAUAUUGAGGACAAAGAGCCAGAGCAUGUUGAGCCAGAGCAAGAGGUAGUGAAACAAGUGGCUGUUUAGUGUAGCUCAAGCCCAUAGGCUUUCUACGGAUGCUAGUUGACGUGUUUCUUUAUAGGAUCAUAGAGGUAUAUCUUUUUGGAUAGAGCUUGCAGCUCUAUUGGUUUCCUUGCUUUUUCUACAAAAUAUGUCAGUCUGUUUCAUUGUAUGUGUGUCAUUUGUUUGCAAGGAUUUCUUUUUGGUCCACUGGGAUCUGUUUUCCUCCCAUAUAUCGAAAUAAAA